UCUUUGCAUUGUUAUUCUCCACUGACGGUCUCCUUGACAACAUGGACGGAAGUGGCGUUGAAUUUCGCGCAAGGAAACUCGUCCUGCUCCUGGCGCGCCAAAUUUCAAAGCACUUCCUGGGGAGAGGAGGCGAUAAGAUUUACCACGGAGCACAAAUAAAAGACUAACGUAGCGUUUUACAAAACAUAUACCUUCGUGUUUUGGGUAUGUCAUGCUUUUAAUGAAGACCAGUAAUUGAGCAUCUGGCAGAAUCACUACAUAUCCAAUUUUAAUUUUUCAUCUACCUAGAUAUUUAGUGCAGAAAUAUCUGUGCUGCAGCAUUUUUGAUUGUCCUCCAAAUAUUUAAAUAUUUUUUAUUUGCUAGGCCUAAUAAGCUUUUAUAAGUUUCAUAUUUGAAAGUCUUUCUGAGUAGAGGAUCUUCAAUGGAGGACGUUUAUCUCAGUGUUAUGUGAGAGGCCCUGCUGUGUUGCGGUUUUUCCUGCACUUUUGUUUUUGGGAUGUGAGAAUGUCGUCAGGAGUCCAGCCGUGUUUUCAGUUGUUGAGGAUUGGAUUGUCUGACACAAACAAUAGUAACACUCAUGGAAAUGAGCCGUCAGACUCCGUACGUGACCUGUACACUUUCCGGCCCGCGCUGGCCCAGUGCGUGUUCCGUUUGGGACGCGCCGCGGAGGUGUGCGACGUCACUCUGGAAUCCAUGAUUGUGUCCCGAAUUCAUGCAGAGCUCCAUGUGGAAAGAGAAGCUGAUGCCUCUGGAGAAGAGAGCUGGAAAGUGCAAGUAAAGGAUCGCAGCAGCUAUGGCACAUGGGUAAAUGACAUUCGCCUCCAGCAAGGGGUCCUAAGGGAAGUCUUUGAUGGUGACACGCUCACCAUCGGCGGCCAAUCAGGACGGGCUAGUCCAGAAUUCUACUUCCUUUUCCAGAAAGUGCGGGUUCGCCCACUGGACUUUGAUGCCAUCACGGUGCCCAAAGCGGGUUCCUUCUCAUCAGACAUAAAAAACCGGAUCAGAACGUGCUCGGACCGUAAACCGGACCCCGCCCUGGACAUCUCAAAGCUGUCCAUCAAUCGGGCCACGGUCAUCCUCAACUCCAUCGGCAGCCUGAGCAAGAUGAACGGCAGCUGCUGGACCUUCAAGAAGAGCGAAAAUACGAGCACCUUAAAUGCGCCGGCGUUCACCGCUUUGGCUCCGCCCACAACUCCGCCUCCUUUCCAGGCCGUCGGUGAGAUUUCAUCCAAGUCUGUCCCGCCGUCCUCUAAGAGCCGACGCAAGUCCGCCCACACGGUUCUGCUGGAGGACGACAGUUCGGACGAUCCGGCGAACCGCAGAGACCUGGAGGACGGACGGAGGGGACAAGCGAAGAAAAGACGCCGGCUUUACAAAUCAGAGUCUGAGGUGUUUCACCCCCCGCUACCCAAACUGGAGCAGAACUGCCGGUUACAGUUUGAUGUGAGCAGACACACCGGCGGCAGCAUUUUCAACAUGCAACCACACAGGCAGUUCAAUCAUAUCGUGAACAUAUCGAGUCACACCAAAGGCAACGGCAUCAGUUUGACUCCCCUCCGCCAGCAGAAGGCCUGCUUGUCUGGUCCUGGCAGGAGGCCGAGGGCAAACAGCUCUCCCGUAUACACCACCCUCGGGAUGGAAAGUGAGAAUUACAACAUGACCUCCCCGUCAGCGAGGAUGACUAAGACAGAGAAGGCGAGGGGAGUGAUUUCUCGCUUUCAGGCCUCAACUGGUCGACGACGUGGAAGGCCUAGAAAACACCCGCUGCCACAGCCUUCCUUGCCGUCUCCCUCUUCAUCAUCAUCAUCUAGCUCCUCCUCUUCCUCCUCCUCUUCGUCAUCAUCCUCUGAAGACGAAGAUGAAGAGGUGGCGGUGGCUCAGGGCGUCGAACCCUGUGCCGCAGCACACUGUCGCCUCCCUCAGCAGGACACCGUGCAGUGGAUUCAGUGUGAUGACUGCGACGCCUGGUAUCACCUCGACUGCUUACCACACAACCACAACCGAGACUCGCUGCUCUUCGACCCCAAUGCAGACUUCCACUGCGGCUGCCACCGCGCCAGAAACCGCUGAGUCAGGGCCGGCUCGGCUUCCUCUCUCAUUCAAGGCUUUUUAAUAAACCAAAUGCUCUCAAACAUUGUUGUUAUUACAAUCUAAUUCACGGGACUGGUAUUGCUUUUUGGCAUGUACCACACGAUGAUGGCGAGUUCAUGUUUUGUGCAGUGGUGCUAAUUGCUUCGAGUGGUGAUUUUGUAACUGAUUUGGAUGAAAUGAGGGUGUUGGAUUUGCACAGCAGCUUCAAGAGCAUCCAAACGCUCUGCAUCCCAUUAUAACUCAACACUGGAUGCGUUAUAACAGAUUCUGAUAUAUGUAUUCAAUAUGCGCAAGAAUGAAAUCUUCAAAAAGCUACAAAUCAAAAACAAGUAUGAAUAUGAAAAUGUUUCGAAUGUGAGUUUAUAUUUUUAGAUGGAUGGAUGAAUUGAUUCUGUAAGUAUUGAGGUUUCGCUAGGCUUUGUUAACUAGAUGCCGAUUGCUUUAUCAACAUAUUAGCUGGUAUAUAAUAUGUUAUCGUUAAAUACUGUAUGAAUUUGUUUUAAAUGGGCGAUGCGGAUAUAUAAUGUGCUGUCAUAUUCAAGGGUUUCAUAAGCAUUACUUGGACUUUCUUGUAAUAUCAGAACAUUUAAUAACAUAUUCACUCCAUUACUCUUUGAGUAACGUGAAAAUUUUUUUCUAUAGGAAUAGUUAUCCCAAAAUUGAAGAUUUGCUGACAAAUCUCACCCUCAGACCAUACAAGAAGAGUUUGUUUCCUCAUGGAAACACAUUUGGAGGAGUUUAGCAUCACUUGCUCACCAGUGGAUCUUUGGCAGUGAAUGGGUGCCGUCAGAAUGAGUGUCCAAACUGCUGAUAAAAACAUCACAAUAAUUCAUAAGUAAUCCACACCACUCCAGUCCAUCAAUUAAUGUCUAUGUGAUUCAAAAAGCUGCAUAUUUCUAAGAAAUAAAUGCAUAAAUAAUGCAUUUUAACUUUAAACUGCCGCUUUUGAUCUGUGCAUAUUUCUCUCCUGAUUCAGAAGGGAUGACUUUUUCACUGCAGAAAGUAAUAUAAUGGAUAGUUUUAAUAUUAAAAUGUCUUAAUGAUGGAUUAUUUUCUUACAAACAUGCAGCUUUUGGCUUCAUAAGAUGUUAAUUGAUGGACUCUCAUUCUGACGGCACCCAUUCAUUGCAGAGGAUCCACUAGUAAGCAAGUGAUGCUAAAUUUCUCCAAAUGUGUUCUGAUUUUUUUUUGUUUAAUCUUGGAUGGCUGAGGUUGAGCUACACUGUAAAAAAAAAAACAAUUUGUUGAGUCAACUUAAAAAAAAAAAGUGUUACCCUGCUGCCUUAAAAUGUUAAGUUCAUUCAACUUGAAAUGUUUAGUUGUACUAAGUGACAACUUAGAUAUUUGAGUUGAUUCAACUUAAUAUUUUAAGGCAGCUGGGUAACAAACCAAGUUUUUAGUUCAGUCAACUUACAGUAAAUAAGUUGUCACUUAUACCACCUUAACAUUUCAAGUUGACUAAACUUAAAAUUUUAAGACAGCAGGGUUACAAAUUAUUUUAUGUUGACUCAACAAAUUGUGUUUUAUUGUUUUUUACAGUGUAUUCCUUUAUGUUUGAUAUUUGAUUGCACACAUGAUUGUCUGUCGUUUCUUGUAAUGUGGCCUGUUAUUAACUGAAGCUUUGUUUCUGAUCUCGACUAACCCUGUGUAGCUAAAUCUGUCUAUAAGAAUAGAAUCUCUGGUAUGAAUGUUAAAAGAUACUUUCACUGUCUUCACUUUAACUCAACAUUCUAGAAAUGACAAAUGGCUCCUGUCACAAUAUUUGUCUUGUUGGGAAUCAAGGGCUGAAAUAAAGAAUUGUAUAUUUAAAUAUGAUCUGUCAGCUGAUUGUUCAGGAUGUUCGGAACUGUGGGACACAUUUGAUAAGUGCUGCGAUU